AUGAAUGCCGCAUGGAAUGAGGAAAGUUCUAGAGCAGGGCUCGGAUGGAUCUUAACGCAGGAUGAAACUACCUCUAGCUUGGCUAUGAUUGCAGAAAACGUACCUUCACCACUGAUGGCAGAAGGAUUGGCACUUCGGGAAGCUUUGCAGAAGAGUAGGGAGCUGGGAGUCAAGGCGCUAAACGUGGAAUCGGACUCCAAAAACCUCAUUGCCAGCGUCACCAACAACAACUCUGUCCCCGAGCUCUAUGGAAUUGUGGCAGAUAUCAUGUCGAUCUCUUGUUUUUUCGAUUAUGUUUCCUUUAAAUGGAUCCGUAGAGAGGCAAACUAUGCAGCUGAUCUAGUUGCAAAACAGAUGCUUGUAGUAAAUGGGGCUUUAAUGACCCCCACCUAA